CCACAAGAGAGCUUUCGUUCUUGAAAUCAUGGGUCGCAUGUGUGGAUUUCUCCCUCUGGUGGCGGGUAUAGCUACAGAAGCCAGUGCCAUCUUCAUACCCGAGGACCCGCCAUGGGGAGAUUGGAAGCAGUAUAUCUGUGACCUACUUACAGAGAGACUGGAGAGCGGAGAAAAGCGACGUACCCACAUUGUGCUGGUGGCGGAGGGAGCCGCGGACAGGAAGGGGAAUCCCAUCAAGUGUACGGACGUGCAGAAGACGUUCAUCAAGCAAAUUUCAUUGCUGGCACCUUGA